AUGGGAUCUGAACCCGGUGAUGCUCUGUGUGCGCCUUUGCAAAAUUACACUACAACCAUGAAAUGGACCUCGAUUCUGGCUAUCACAGACAGAGGCACAUACAAUACGGGGUCCAACCCAGUCAACAUCUGGCUGACUUUGAUACCGCCGAAUUACAACUGGUCCACGUUGCCGUGGGAGAGUAGUAUUUUGGAAAACAACCCAUUUUGGUGGCCGCUUGAUUCGUCUCAACCGACAUGGAUAGCACAAGAGAACACAACUGCCGUUCCCGACAACUUCAAUUUCACAGCCACCAAAUCCCAAAAUACGUUUUCUUUGGGAGGCAUACUGAAUGACACCAGUGGGCUCAGUUCGUGGAGUUAUGAUGAUAUUUUGAUGCCAACAUGCAACUCCAGUUACUAUAAUGGAAAAUGGCAGUUCGGGACACUACAAAUUCCAGGCGACUGGUGGUGGAGCACUCGAGGCUGGAAGAGCUUCAUGCUUCCUAUGAUGAAUGUUACGUUUGACGACCAAACUGCAAACCUCACACUCGAUGGAGAUUUUGCGGCGUAUCCAUUCUUGAGAUCAAACGACACUAAUUACAUUGGCGGAUCUAAUGGGGAGCUGGGUUCGGCUGUCCAAGGCACCAUACGAUUCACAUUCAAUGGGGUCUUGGAUGCUUAUCAUUCAGAUGUUCUCGACAUGAACGCGUCUUCCCCGACUUGGCUUCGAACUGUCGGUUUCGGCAAUAAUACUCUUAAUAUUGGGAACAGCGGUGGGGUUGGUCGAUUUCGUCCUAGUCUAGGGACUGCUACGAUCGUGAUAACUUGUACUAUAUUUGCAGUGUUUUACUAG